AUGUUGGAAACCUACCUGAAUCUCGAAGCUAUAGGCUAUUAUCAGGGAGACCAUCAUCUUGAAGAAAAUUUCUUUGCAAGAUCCAGUCAUCUCCAAUAUCAUAAAAGAACACAUACAGGAGAGAAACCAUAUGAAUGCAAUCAAUGUGGUAAAGUCUUUGCAAGACCCAGUCAUCUCCAAAGCCAUAAAAGAACACAUACUGGAGAGAAACCCUAUGAAUGUAAUCAAUGUGGUAAAGCCUUUGUACAUCACAGUGUUCUCAAAAGACAUAAAAAAACACAUACUGGAGAGAAACCUUAUGAGUGCGAUCAAUGUGGUAAAGCCUUUGCACAGCACUGUGAUCUCCAAUAUCAUAAAAGAACACAUACUGGAGAGAAACCUUAUAAAUGUAAUCAAUGUGGUAAAGCCUUUGCCUAUCACUGUAAUCUCCAAUAUCAUAAAAGAACACAUACUGGAGAGAAACCUUAUAAAUGUAAUCAAUGUGGUAAAGCAUUUGCAUGUCACAGUUAUCUCCAAUAUCAUAAAAGAACACAUACUGGAGAGAAACCUUAUGAAUGUAAUCAAUGUGGUAAAGCCUUUGCAAGACCCAGUCAUCUCCAAAGACAUAAAAGAACACAUACUGGAGAGAAACCUUAUGAGUGCGAUCAAUGUGGUAAAGCCUUUGCACAGCACAGUGAUCUCCAAUAUCAUAAAAGAACACAUACUGGAGAGAAACCUUAUGAAUGUAAUCAAUGUGGUAAAGCCUUUGCACAGCACAGUGUUCUCCAAAGACAUAAAAGAACACAUACUGGAGAGAAACCUUAUGAGUGCCAUCAAUGUGGUAAAGCCUUUGCCUAUCACAGUAAUCUCCAAUAUCAUAAAAGAACACAUACUGGAGAGAAACCUUAUGAAUGUAAUCAAUGUGGUAAAGCCUUUGCAAGACCCAGUCAUCUCCAGUAUCAUAAAAGAACACACACUGGAGAGAAACCCUAUGAGUGUAAUCAAUGUGGUAAACCCUUUGCACAGUGCAGUACUUUGCAAUAUCAGAAAAGAACACAUACUGGAGAGAAAACUCAUAAAUGUAAUCAAUGUGGUAAAGCCUUUUCAUAUCACAGUAAUCUCCGAAGUCAUAAAAGAACACAUACUGGAGAGAAACCUUCUAAAUGUAAUCAAUGUGGUAAAGCCUUUGCAAGACCCAGUCAUCUCCAAUAUCAUAAGAGAACACAUACUGGAGAGAAACCUUAUGAAUGUAAUCAAUGUGGUAAAGCCUUUGCACAGCACAGUCAUCUCCAAGAUCAUAAAAGAACACAUACUGGAGAGAAACCUUAUAAAUGUAAUCAAUGUGGUAAAGCCUUUGCACAGCGCAGUACUCUCCAAUAUCAUAAAUGA